AUGGCCAGUCGUGGUGUUGCCUACCCAAAGCUCCUCCACAAAAAUCUCCCUUAUUUCCUCCGGCGGCUCAGCUCUGCUCCUUCCCCAAUUACCGCUGCUGUUUCCCCUCUCUCUUUCGGCGGAUCAAAAACCCAUCACCCAGAAGACCCCGUUACUUUCACCACCGACCCCAUUUCCACCACCGUCCCGCCGCCUGAUUACGCCCAUCCCGGCGACCAAAUCAUCAAUUUCCACGACAUCAAGGGGCUCUUCUCCACGGUUUCCACCCCAAAACUGUUCAAAUCGUGGGCUACUUUGCAGAUGACGUCGAUCGAGCCCCUUGUUGAUGUGGGCUUGUGGGUUUUGUCAUCCAGGCUCGUGGAAACGCCGGUGAUCAAACAGGUGAUUCUGGGAGCUAUUAAGCAUACUUUUUACGAUCAUUUCUGCGCCGGCGAAGAUUUGGAAGAGGCCGGCCGGAGUAUUACCCGCCUUUGGGAGGCUGGGUUGAGAGGGAUGUUGGAUUAUGGUUUGGAACAUGCGACCGAUAAUGAAUCUUGUGAUCGGAAUAUGAACGAGUUUAUUAAGACUGCCGAAUACACCAAAUCUCUUCCACCUUCUUCUGCUAGCUUUGUGGUGGUGAAGAUUACUGCAAUUUGUCCACCUAGUUUGCUUAGAAGAGUAAGCGAUCUAUUGAGAUGGGAAUACAAAAACACUGGUUAUCAUCUUCCAUGGAAGCGUGAUUGCUUGCCGGUUUUCGCCGAUUCAAGCCCCUUUUAUCACACAGCCCAAAAGCCACAGCCUUUAACUCCAGAGGAAGAACAGAAUCUCCAGUUAAGUCAUGAAAGGUUAUUCAAGAUUUGUGAGAAAUGUGUGGAAUACAACAUCCCUUUACUAAUUGAUGCAGAGGAUACAGCAUUGCAACCGGCCAUUGAUUACUUAACGUAUUCAUCGGCUCUGUUGUACCGUAGAGGCGAUGAUGAUGAGCCUUUACUCUUUGGUACUAUUCAAGCUUAUUUGAAGGACUCCAAAGAAAGGUUGGUAAAAGCCAAGAAAGCUGCUGAUAAGGUCGGAGUUCCAAUGGGGUUUAAGUUAGUUAGGGGUGCUUAUAUGUCAAGUGAAAGACAAUUAGCAGCUUCUUUAGGUGUGGAGUCUCCAAUUCAAAACAGCAUUCAAGCAACCCAUGAUAGCUACAAUGAAUGCACAAGUUUUCUUCUUGAAGAGGUUGCUCGUGGAUCAGGAGCCGCAGUUCUUGCAACCCACAACAUUGAAUCAGGGAAGCUAGCUGCAGUUAAAGCAACGGAUUUAGGGAUUGACAAGAACAGUGAAAGGCUCCAAUUCGCUCAGCUGUAUGGAAUGGCAGAGACCCUUUCUUUCGGAUUGAGAAAUGCAGGGUUUCAAGUGAGCAAGUAUUUGCCAUUUGGUCCUGUAGAUCAGAUCAUGCCGUAUCUUCUUCGCAGAGCAGAGGAAAACAGAGGUCUUCUAUCUAGCUCGUUUUUAGACAGACAGUUAAUGAGCAAAGAGCUUGCGAGGAGAUUGAAGUUCCCAACUCCAUAA